GAAACGUUAACGUCACUUGCAGUUGACAGAUGACGCCGGAUUCUCCUUCACCGGCCGUCGUUUAAAGCCACCGCCUUUAAUCCCAAACUCACUCCCCGGAGCCCCGACGACACUAAAGUCAACAACUUUCCUUCUGGGUUUCCUGAACUGAAUCUGAGAAUCCCGUUACAUCGUCUUGGACGGUUCUCUCUCUCUCUCUCUUUAUAAACACGCCACAAAGAUGAACGAUCCAUAGAAUCAAUCACAACGCAAUGACGAAGAAGCCACCUGUAUCCAUAACCAUGGAGCACGUCCUGUUAGCGUUACGAGAGACCAACGAAGAGAGAGAGAUUCGAAUCCGCAGCUUAUUCGAUUUCUUCGACAAUUCUAGUUUAGGCUUCUUAGACUACGCCCAGAUCGAAAAGGGUCUCGCUUCCCUCCAGAUUCCUACCGUGUACAAGUACGCAAGAGACUUGUUCAGAGUCUGCGACGCCAACAGAGACGGGAGGGUUGAUUACAACGAGUUUCGUCGUUACAUUGACUCCAAGGAGCUUGAGCUUUACAGAAUCUUCCAAGCCAUUGACGUCGCUCACAACGGCUGCAUUUUGCCCGAGGAGCUUUGGGAAGCUCUUGUCAAAGCUGGGAUUGAGAUAGAUGAUGAGGAGCUAGCUCGUUUCGUGGAGCAUGUUGAUAAGGACAACAACGGAACUAUAACAUUCGAGGAGUGGAGAGACUUUCUUUUGUUAUACCCUCAUGAAGCAACCAUUGAGAAUAUAUAUCAUCACUGGGAGAGAGUGUGUUUGAUAGACAUUGGUGAGCAAGCGGUUAUACCCGACGGUAUAAGCAAACAUGUUAAAAGAAGUAGGUUGCUUCUCUCCGGAGGAUUAGCCGGAGCCAUUUCUAGGACUGUAACCGCACCGUUGGAUAGGUUAAAAGUUGUUUUGCAAGUUCAGAGAGUACACGCAGGGGUGAUUCCGACGGUUAGGAAGAUAUGGAGGGAAGAUAAGUUGUUUGGUUUCUUUAGAGGUAAUGGGUUGAAUGUGAUGAAGGUUGCUCCUGAGAGUGCUAUUAAGUUUUGUGCUUAUGAGAUGUUGAAACCGAUGAUUGGUGGGGAGGGAGGUGAUAUUGGGACGAGUGCGAGGCUUUUGGCUGGUGGAAUGGCUGGUGCGGUGGCUCAGACAGCUAUUUAUCCUAUGGAUUUGGUGAAGACUAGGUUGCAGACUUGUGUGAGUGAAGGUGGGAAGGCGCCUAAGUUGUGGAAGCUGACGAAGGAUAUAUGGGUGAGAGAGGGACCUAGGGCGUUUUAUAAGGGUCUUUUUCCUUCUCUUCUUGGGAUUAUACCUUAUGCAGGGAUUGAUCUAGCUGCUUAUGAAACGUUAAAGGAUUUGUCUAGGACGUAUAUUCUUCAUGACACUGAGCCGGGUCCAUUGAUACAACUUAGCUGUGGAAUGACAUCAGGAGCUCUUGGAGCAUCAUGUGUUUACCCGUUACAGGUUGUAAGAACAAGAAUGCAAGCGGAUAGUUCAGAGACGACAAUGAAGCAAGAGUUUAUGAAAACGAUGAGAGGGGAAGGUGUGAGAGGAUUCUACAGAGGACUAUUACCAAAUCUUCUCAAAGUGGUUCCAGCGGCAAGCAUUACGUACAUUGUUUAUGAAGCUAUGAAGAAAAAUAUGGCUCUUGAUUAAAGCCAAAUACACAAUUUUCUCGGAGUUAGUCAUUCAUUUUUGUUUUGUUCACAAGGGGUGGAAUCUUGAGCUUUAGAUUAUGUAAGAUAACAGAAACAAGGCGAGACAUUGAUGUGUUCAUGAUCAAGACUCAUGUCUGUAAAGUCACAUCUUCAAUAGAGUAAAAUUACGAUUCUG